AUGUUGCUCUCCUCUCUUUUGGCCGUGCCAUGGCUUGCCUCUCUAGUUACUGCCCACGGCUACUUGACUGUCCCAUUCAGUCGAACCCGACUUGGAUUUGAGGCUGGCAUCGACACCUGUCCCGAAUGCUCCAUCCUCGAACCCGUCACUGCUUGGCCCGACGUUGAAGCCGCCCCUGUAGGUCGCAGCGGACCUUGUGGCUACAACGCUCGCGUUGGCGUUGACUACAACCAACCCAGCGCCCACUGGGGCCAAUCUGUCGUGGCCACUUACACGGCGAACCAGGUCGUCGAAGUCCAAUGGUGCGUCGACAACAACGGCGACCACGGUGGCAUGUUCACCUACGGUAUCUGCCGCAACCAAACCCUCGUGGACCUCUUCACCAACCCCAACUACUUGCCCACCAAUGCCGAGAAGCAAGCUGCCGAGGACUGCUUUCUCGAUGGCGAACUCAAGUGCACCGAUGUCACGGGGCAAACCUGUGGGUAUAAUCCAGACUGUCAGCCCGGUCAGCCUUGCUACCGGAAUGACUGGUUCACCUGCAAUGCAUUCAAUGGGGAUUCAAGUGGCGGGGUACGCGGCUGCCAGGGAGUAGAUGCGGCACCACUCAACUCGUGCAAGACGACAAUCGCCGGCGGGUAUACCGUGACCAAGAAGAUUCGCAUUCCGGAUUACAAUUCCAAGCACACCCUGCUGCGAUUCAGAUGGAAUUCCUUCCAGACAGCCCAGGUUUACUUGCAUUGUGCAGACAUUGCAAUCUCCGGAUCCGGAUCUGGCUCAGGUUCAAGCACCACAUCCAAGACAACCUUGACGACAAAAACCACUACCGCUACAAGCAAGACCAGCACUACCACCGCCGCCGCUACCACAACUACCACCGGGACCUGCUCCCCCGCUAGCUCCGUCCCUGUAACUUUCAACGAACUUGCCACAACCACCUUCGGCGAAAACAUCUACCUUGUCGGGUCCAUCAGCGAGCUCGGCUCAUGGGCCACCUCCUCUGCAAUCGCUCUAUCCGCAAGCUCGUACACAACCUCGAAUCCCCUCUGGACCACCACGGUCAACCUCCCUGCCGGAACCAGCUUCCAGUACAAGUUUAUCCGGAAGAAGAGCGACGGCAGCGUGGUGUGGGAGAGUGAUCCCAACCGAAGCUACAGUGUGCCCACAGGAUGUUCUGGGAUCAAAGCCACUGCCAGUGGAACGUGGCGGUAG